AUGGCGAUCAAAGUGAAACAACUCGGCACUGGCAAUUUCAUAAUCGUCGAACGUCAUGGACAUGUAGGAGGUGCAAGUGCCAUUCAAGUGGUGCCCGAAAUUCACAAAGCCGGAGUUGAAAAGUUAUAUGUGUUCCAGCGUACACCAGCCUGGUCCAUUCCACGUACAGAUGCAGCGGUGAGCAAGAGGAAGAAAGUGUUCUUCACAACGUUUCCAAUAUUUCAAAAGCUCCUUCCACUGUUCAUCUACAAGCUGAGCGAAUCUUUUAUAUUAUCAUUUGUGUAUCGAUGGCCAAUUCGAUGUUCCUACCGUGAACUUGUAAAAUACAAUCUCGAUAGUCAAGUGACGAACGUAGAACCACGGAAGAAACUAACACCGAUGUGCGAACUUGGCUGUACGCGAAUACUCUUAUCCAAUGAUUGGUACCCAACGCUACAAGAGUCCAAAGUUGAAGAUGUUACUAAUCAUAUUCGAGAAGUGAGACCACACUCCAUUGUCACUCGUGAUGGCGAUGAAUAUCCAGUCGACGUCAUUAUCUGGUCAACAGGAUUUCAAGUUCAAAACUUUCCAUUGCCGAUCUAUGGAGUCAAAGGUCGAUCACUCGCAGAACAAUGGUCACAAACGAUGCAGGCAUACCGAGGUGUCACAGUACCCAACUUUCCCAAUCUCUUCUUUCUUCUCGGCCCGAAUACUGCUCUCGGUCAUACGUUCGUGGUGAUUAUGAUUGAAGCACAGAUUCAGUAUAUUGCUGAAGCACUGUUAUAUAUGGCUGAAAACAAAAGGCAAACAUUAGAAGUGAAACAGAAGGUCCAUGAUGACUUCAAUCGAAAACUACAAUUAAAACUGAAGAAUACAGUAUGGCAAAGUGGUGGAUGUCACUCGUGGUAUCAAGAUGCGAAAGGUAACAACACGACGCUCUGGCCAGGUUUCACGUGGGUGUAUAUACUGCUAAUGAAGAAAUUCGAUUCACAGAAUUAUAUUUUGUAG